GAAGAAGCUGAAUCGUAUCUUGCGUAGAAGGAUUUCCGGGAAUAGCUUUUGCGAUCUGGCUUCCGGUCAUCUCCACGUCCCGCGGCUUUGGUUUAUCCCUCUUGAUCUUGCUUACACGCCUCGAUUCUGCUGCCUCACGGCACUGUCAAUUCUGCUGCUGCUCCCAGGUUUCGGUGUAUGCUAAAGUAUUGUCUCUGAGCAUUCGAAUGAUUCCACAUGCCCCACGAUCGAACAAUUAGGGUUUCCAGCUGAGGAUUUGGGAAUUGAGAGUUUUAGUCUCAAUUAGGGCUGAACAUUGGUUGCAGUCAUGUUCUAUGGGAAAGCCUUAUGGGACCCUUGGCUUAUAGUUGCCCAGAUUGUCUGUCUUCAAUGCUCAUACUAUCUCACUCUCGGAAUCUUCAUGAUGGUUUUCCUCGGCGUUUGGGUUCCUCGGCUUAGUCUUGUCUACUUCUUCGACUAUGCAACACUCACUCUAUCAACCGUCUCGGGUUUGUGUGCCAUCGCCUCGUUCUUUCUCAGUUCGUUGGCCGGGGCUGUAUACAUGGUUUUUCUGGUGGAACGAGCACGGAAAUGCUUAGAUUUCUCCGCAACUCUCUACAUCAUACAUCUCUUGUUAUGCAUCAUGUAUGGAGGGUGGCCUUCUUCUAUAACAUGGUGGGCUGUGAACGGAACUGGACUCGGUGUCACGGCCUUGCUAGCCGAGUACUUGUGCUUUAAGCGCGAGCAACGAGAGAUUCCUAGGGAUAGAUAUCGAGAAAGUGUUUGAUGUCUUUGGAACGGAAUUGAAAGAGGUACCAUCUCUGCCCGAAAAUCUAUCGGUUCUUAAGUUACACGACCCUAUAUGAUGAUUCUGCUGCACUUUCGGUCAAUUUUUUUUGUUGUUAAAACACUUUUUUUUGUCACUAGCUAUUAAACCCUCCCUCCCUCCUUCGAGUGACCAAAUGUCGUGGUAAUUUUUGUUGCGUGUGACGAGAUUGCCAUUAGUGAUCAUACGUGAAAUUGGAAAACAUAUGAUAGAUACUAUUGGACGAGUGAA